AUGGAAUACAACUAUUGGAUUCCAAGAAAAACAGAAAUUUUGCUCAGCCUCGUAAACAUUGAGUUAAAAACAAAAGACUACGCCAUAAGAAUGCCAGACAAUCCCGGUAAGCGAAGAAUAGAAGAAAAAUACUAUGAACUGAUUGGAGAUAGGAUUGUUUUCGAGCCAGAGAUGAGAAAUAGGUUAGAAUAUAUGCAUCGGUUGCGACAACAUUACAAUAUGUUAGUCAACCGUACCGGUGUUCGAGAGGCGAGAAAAAAUGGAAAAUAUUUCCAAGUGUUGGAAAGCAAACCUCUUCCUUUUAAAGAGCUACUCGGUCAAAUUUAUGGUGAACAUGAUCUGGAUCAAGAUGAGCGUUGUUCGCUGAUGUAUCAACUGGAACAAGCAAUGGGAGACGCUCCAACCUUAACCGACAUUGCCCAAGUUCUUGCCAAUCUGCAAGCUUCUAUGGAACUUCUUGGCACUCAUAGUGAUGAUGGAACAACAGUGGGUGAAACAGCAGAAGAAAAUGGAAUCCAAACUCCUUUUGACUCAACUAGCCUUAGAAUUUCAGAUGAUGAAAUUACCACUAGAGAGCUAGUACAACGUUCCCCACCUCGUGCAAAUAGGUCAAGUCUACGUGUUCGCAGUACAUCUACCAAACGUACGAAUAGAAGAAAAGUCAAUUUUGAGACACAAAUCCAAAGUGGAUUUCAACGUACAGAAGAGUCUCGCACAAGUUUACUAGAUGUUUUACGGUCACAACACCAACAGAAGGCAACUUUUGGUGAUGCUUUGGCUCUACUUGAAGCAUUAGAAGUUGAACCGAUGGGAAGAUUUUGGUGGGCUGCAAAUAGAUUGCUGAUGAAUGAAGAGGAAGUCCGUGAUGGAUUUAUGAAAUUACGAAGUGAAGAUAAUAAAAUUAGGUUCUUGGAGAGGCUAAGUGGUAUUGAUAGAUACGGUGAUCCAUGCCAAAUCAUCAACUUAAGAGAGACCUGCAACAUUCCAACGUCUUCUCUCCCAAUGUCUGAAUCCCAAAUGGCUGGAUUUAACACUAGUGCUUCAACAAGUUUUUGGUCUGGGAUUAGGAAUGAACUUCGCAUUGCAGAAUUACUUUCAUGUGGAACUGAAAAUCUAUCAGAUAAAAAACUUACAGAGUUGAUAUUAAUGGAAGAAGAUGAGAUAUUGCAAGCCUACCUUUCCCCUGCGAUGGACUACUAUUGUAAAUUUUUCUGCAAAGAACCAAUUAAUCAAGAAAAGGGUGGAGGAUGGCGUAUGAUCCAAAAUCAGAUUUAUGAGAAAGAAAGUUCAUGCCGAACGUUAGUGCGGAUGAGCAGAGAGGCAUUUACACAUCUGUGUAGGCUACUUAAAGGCAUGUAUGGCUUACAAGACACACAUAGCAUAUGUGUAGAUGAGAGCGUUACAAUAUUCCUUAUUCUUUGUGGGCAAAAUGAUACUCAAUAUGAUCUUGGUUUAAGAUUUGGACACGCACAAGAGACGAUAGGUCGGAAAUUUCAUGAAGUACUUGGAGCAAUGGAACGAAUGGCUGUGGAUUAUUUACGACCACAUACAAUUCAAGAAAUGGAAGCUAUAUCAGACCCUCUAGAAGGAGAUACUCGAUACUCUCCUUUUUUCAGUGGAUUUGUAGAAGCAUUAGACGCAACGCAUAUUCCCGUUAUGGUUACACCAGGAAAGGAAUCCAUACGAUUUAUAAGUCGGAAAUAA